AUGUCUCCUCCUGAGCAACAAGAAGCUCAAGCUGAGCACAGCGAGAGCCGGCUCUCGUCGCAUGGUGUCAGCAGUGACACCAGCGAGCCCGUUGAUCUCUCCAACGAGCUUUCCGAGAAGAAAAGCCAGAAGAGUGAGCGCUCCGAUGGAAAGCGCGAGCUUAAGGAGCAGGACUGCUACGAGAUUCUUGGAUACUCGUGGCCACGAUGGAAGAAAUGGACUUAUCUGGCCGCGGUCGCAUUCGUGCAGGUUUCCAUGAACUUCAAUACCUCCGUAUACCCUGCUGCGGUCAUUCCUUUGACCGAGCAUUUCAAGAUUAGUGAGCAGCAUGCUCGCACUGGUCAGAUGGCCUACUUGGUCACAUACUCCAUUGGUUGUGAAUUGUGGGCUCCUUGGUCCGAGGAGUUCGGUCGCUGGCCUAUCCUCCAGCUCUCUAUGAUGUUGAUCAACAUCUGGCAACUCCCUGCUGCUCUGGCCCCGAAUUGGGGCUCCGUUGUUGUGGCUCGUGCUCUGGGUGGUCUUUCUACUGCUGGUGGAAGUGUCACUCUCGGUUUGAUUGCCGAUAUCUACGAACCUGAAACUCAACAAUUCCCUCUCGCCUUCAUUGUCUUGUCCUCUUGCAUUGGUACCAGUAUCGGUGGUGUGAUUGGUGGACCUAUCGCACGAUUCCUCACUUGGAGAUGGUUCUUCUGGAUCCAGCUCAUUUUCGGAGGUGUCACCCAGGCCAUUAUCUUCUUCAUGCCCGAAAGUCGUUCCACCAUCAUCAUGGACAAGGAAGCCAAGCGCCGCCGCAAGACCGGAGAGGAUCCCAACAUCUACGGACCCAACGAGCUUAAGAAACCCCGUGUCUCCCUCAAGGAAGCCGGCAAGAUUUGGGCACGUCCAUUCUACAUGCUGUUCCGCGAGCCCAUUGUGCUCUGUCUGUCUCUGUUGUCCGGUUUCUCCGAUGCUCUGAUUUUCACCUUCCUCGAGAGUUUCGCCAUUGUCUACAAGCAAGGCUGGGGCUUCGGAACCCUUGCACAGGCCUGGGCUGUCAUCCCCAUCAACGCCGCAUACUUCAUCGCCUAUUUCAGCUACUUCCCGUGGUUUUGGCGAGAUCAGAAACUGCGUAUCAGACACGGCGACGCGGCUAUUCCUCCCGAACGCCGUCUGAAGUGGCUCUUGUUCCUUGCGCCCCUUGAGCCCAUCGGUCUCUUCGGAUUUGCCUGGACAUCAUUCGGCAACGAGCGCAACGUCCACUGGAUUGGCUCCAUGAUAUUCUCCGGCUGUGUUGGUAUUGCCAAUUUCGCCAUCUACCUCUCAUCCGUUGAUUACAUGGUCGCAUCCUACGGUGUCUACUCUGCCUCCGCGACCGGUGGAAAUGCCUUCGCUCGUGAUCUGCUCGCCGGUAUCUCGGCCAUGUACGCCGCGCCUAUGUACCAGAACAUCGGCAACAAGUGGCAUGUCGAAUAUGCCAGUACCAUUCUGGCUUGUUUGUCUUGCUUGGUCGUGCUUCCCAUCUAUGUCUUCUACUGGAAGGGACCCGAGAUCCGCGCUAGGAGUAAAUUCGCCUCCACUCUGGCUGCUGACAGAGAGCAGAACGGUGGUCGCCGUGUCAGCAGGAUUAGCAUGGAGCCAUGA